UGAAUGCAUUGCACACUUUUUACUAUUUUUAAACUUUCUCUAAAAUUUUUAUUUAAUAUGAGUUAAGAAUACAUGUAUAUACGUAUAGUAGAAUUUCAUAAAUUCUCUAUAAUUAGUAACAAUAUUUAAUAAAUAUAAAAAUUUCUUAUAAUAUGUUGUGCAAAAGUAUUGUAUAUUCUAUUCGAAAAAGUCCAAAACCUCGUCAAUAUCAUAAUGUGCCAAAAGCACCAUUACCUGGAGAACCAAUGAAACCAUAUACACUUACUGAAAUUCCUGGACCAAGGUCAGAUGCUCUUCUCAAUGAAUUUUCUAAAAUUCAGCAAAUAGGCUCCAUUCAAUAUUUUGCAGAUUAUCAAAGAUCUGUUGGAAAUUAUUUAGCAGAUAUAGAUGGAAAUGUUUUUUUAGAUAUGUUUAUGCAACUUUCUACUCUUCCUCUUGGAUAUAAUCAUAGAUCAAUUCUUGGUGCAUUAUCUUGUGCAGGAAAUCAACGAAUAAUGGCAAACAGACCUGCAUUAGGUUUAUUCCCUGGUUUAGAAUGGCCAUGUAAAUUACAGGAUACGUUGCUUCAACCAUGUGUAGCUCCAAAAGGAUUACAAUGUGUUUUUACAACUAAUUGUGGUGAUUGUUCAACUGAAUAUGCUAUGCAAAUGGCAUUUAUAAAAUAUGCAGAAAGACAUCGUCAAGGCAAUAAGUUUACAAAGAAAGAAAAAGAAAAUGCACCUUUUAAUAAACCACCUGGUUGUCCUGAGUUGUCAAUUCUUUCCUUUGAAGGAGGAUAUCAUGGUAGAACAUUUGGUGCACUGGCAUUAACACAUUUUAAAUACAUAAUGAAAGUUGAUAUACCUUCUCUUCCAUGGCCAAUUGCACCUUUUCCACAAUAUUUGUAUCCAUUGGAUCAGUAUGAAAAAGAAAAUAAGGAAGAGGAUGCAAGAUGCAUAGAACAAGUAGAAAAUUUAAUAGAACAAUUUGAAAAGAAAAUGCCAGUUGCUGGUAUCAUAGUUGAAGCAAUACAAUGUGAAGGAGGAGAUAGACAUGCUUCUCCAGAUUUUUUUCAGUGUUUACAAGAUAUUUGUAAAAAAAAAUCUAUUCCUUUAAUAUUGGAUGAAAUACAAACAGGAGGUGGUGCAACAGGAAGAAUAUGGGCACAUGAAUAUUUUGAAUUAAGUAUUCCUCCUGAUAUAGUUACCUUUAGUAACAAAAUGCAAGCUAGUGGAUUUUAUCAUUCUUAUGAAUAUAUGCCUAAACUUCCAUAUAGAAUUUUUAAUUCAUGGAUGGGUGAUCCAAGUAAAAUUCUAAUAUUAGAGGCAGUAUUACAAUCUAUUGAAACAGAAGACUUAUUAAGUCAUGUUUGUCAUGUCGGCAAUUAUUUGCUUUGUGAAUUAAACACAUUACAACACGAAUUUCCGCAUCUUAUGAAUUCUGUAAGAGGUAGAGGUUUUAUUAUUGCAUUUGAUAUGCCAUGCAAUGAUAUAAAAAAUAAAUUUUUGCAUCUGAUACGUAGUAAAGGUAUUCAAGUGGGUGAAUGUGGAAUAAAAUCAAUUCGGUUAAGACCAUGCCUAAUAUUUGGAGAAUAUCAUGCUGAUAUUUUUUUAGAAAUUCUUCGCAAUUGUUUGCAAGAACUUACAGAUAGCUGAUAUAUUUGUAAUUUAUAUUUUACUUAUUAUGUAUGAUA